UAUUUGCGGGGGCUACCGUACCGCUAGACCUAGACCAACGUCAAUAAACAUCGUGAAUAUGUUUCGCAGGCUGCCCGGCGGACACCACCAACUCUGCCGAAGACAGAUUGCCGUCGGCAGCAGUUCAGAGGCGGGAAAACAGCGGACCUGUCAGCGGUCUUCUGGCGGGCGUCGUCGUGCGAGGAAGACGAGUGCUGCUUCAAACGGCGCCGAGAGCAGUGUGCUCCUGUGGAAUAACACAUCACGAGUGUCUGACUCGAGAGCCAUCAUCACUAGUCUCCCGAGUCCCGACAUCCAUCGCCAGGCCACUGCUGACAUGAACGCACCUCCGUAGCGUCUGCCUGCCGACCUAGGUAGUUCGGAUCCGUGCUCGCUGUGCUCUCCGAAGACGUGAAACAUGGAGGAGAACCACUCGGCCAUCACCACGGCGGCCAUGGACUCGCCCGGCUACCCGUGGGAGGUGAAGCUGACGUUGCUGGUCGUGCUGCCACUGCUGAUCCUGUGGACCGUGGUCGGUAACCUGCUGGUCUGCGUGGCAGUGUGUCUGGUGCCUCGGAUCCGCAGCCAGCCGUACACGGUGCUGUACGUCUCGCUGGCCGUCGCAGACCUCUUCGUCGCCGUACUGGUGAUGCCGAUGGCGUUGCUGUACCUCUGGGCGGGCACGUGGCGCUUCGGACGCACCCUCUGCGACGUGUUCGUCUGUGCGGAUGUUCUCUCCUGUACGGCGAGCAUCCUGAACCUGUGUGCCAUCAGCGUCGACCGGUACCAGGCCAUCACCAACCCGCUGCGCUACUCACAGCGGCGCGUCGACAAGCUGAUGGCGGCCUACAUCGGCGUGGUCUGGGGAGGCGCCGUCUGCAUUAGCAUCAUUCCCAUCGCCAUCAUCGGCAACGAGCACGGCAACGACGACGCCUGCGCCGUCAGCCAGAACCUCUACUAUCAGGUAUGGGCGACGCUCAUGUCGUUCUACCUACCGCUAGCCGUGAUGAUCUUCGUCUACUUCAAGAUCCUGCGAGCGGCGCGCAUCAUCGUUCGCCAGGAGCGGCGCGCGCAGGGUCACCUGGCGCAGCGGGCGGCAGUGCUGCAGCGAGGCUCUCACGGCUCCCAGGAGCUGCAGCUCUGCACUGUGGUCACUCGGCACGAGACGCCGGCGGCCAAACAGAGACCGCGGCUCCGCUGUCCGUGGUCGCUGUCGGUACCGCGCGAGAAGAAGGCCUCGGUGACGCUAGGCAUCAUCAUGACGGCGUUCAUCGUGUGCUGGCUGCCGUUCUUCAUCUUGGCGGUGCUGCGGCCGAUGGUGCCGCGGGGCUCCAUCCCUGACUCAGUGUCCGACGUCUUCCUCUGGCUGGGCUACUGCAACUCUUCGCUCAACCCGGUCAUCUACGCCACCUUCAACAAGGACUUCCGGCGGCCGUUCCGGGAGAUCCUGUGCCUGCGCUGCCGCAGUCUGAAGCCGCUCCUGCGGCAGGAGCAGUACCAGGAGCAGUAUGGCAACUCGCAGGUCUCCUGCUCACAAGCGAUACAGCUGCCGUUGGUGGUGUACCCUACCGAGCCGACCGGCGAGGACAGCUCCAUCCUGACCGGGAUGUCUCCGUCGCCGGGCGCGCGGUCAACCGGACGGGACACGACCUGGCUGACUGCUGAGAGGACCACCAGCGGCGGUGGCCACUGGGGCAACGGGGUCAACCACGAGUCCACACUCUGAGUCGGCCCGCUGAGUCGGCCCUCUGAGUCGGUCCUCUGAGUCGGACCGCUGAGUCGGACCUCUGAAGAUGGGUCAGUGAGUCGGACUCAGAAACCUCAGCUCAUAAAACAGCCGGCUGUACCGGGCGGCCGGGUCAACUCAGGACAAAUCUGGUCUGUUGGUAUUGAGGGAGACCUGAUAAACUCAGUGGACCGGUGAGAAUUGGUGACUCAGUUGACAUACCUACUCUGUGAGAGUGGAUCGAAUGGCUAUUUCCAACCGACCAGAAGGACGGUUGGUAUGUCACUGUGGGUAUACUGUCUUUUGUUGAUACACAAAGGAUGACUUUGAGCCACCCAGAAAUUGUGUUCGGAAACUGUGGCCUGUGGAAUAACACAGGCAGGCUAACCCAGACUACUACUCAGACUGUGUGCAAUGACUGACGGUGGCAGACUGUACCAGACUGCAACAGGAUAGAUGACGGUGGCAGACUGUAACAGACUGCUGUGGUAGCCUGCAUCAGAAGACUGUUUUAGAACGCUAAGACUGGUUACUGCUCAGACUCUGCAUGUGCGGCACACUCCAUUAGACUGAUCAGACUUUGUGCAAUGGACGAUUUCUACAGACUACAAACUGCACAGACUACAUGCGGUGGCCGUCGCCGACAGACUUGCGACAGUCCGCCCAGACGCUGGCAGACUGCUCCUUUGACAGUCUGACCCGGACUGCUGUCGUCCGUCGCUGUGAUGACCGAUAGCACUGCAGCCGAGACCCGGAGCUCGACAGCUCGGUCUGUCUGUGGCCACAGGCUGUCAGCAAAUCGCCAGCCGCAUAUGGAUCUCCCUAUUUUGCUAUGCUGCUGACGACGACCAUUGAAUGGUUUUGUUGUGUUGUUGAUUUUAUGGUGUUAUUGGGUUUGUGAUCAGGUUUGAUGUCUAGUAAAUGGUGUCAGUGUUGGAUCUCAUUAAAGUUGGAUUGGUCUGCUCUAUUUGAUGAAAGACCAUCCGACUUCCUUGCAACUUCGCUGGCUGUUAAAAAGUAUCUCUCGUUUGUUGCGGGCUUGUUGAUGAUCAUAAUUUAUUGCUUGCUGUUAAUGAAAGCUAGUUAAA